ACCGAAAAUAGGUCAAUAGUCAAAGUAUGACCAAGGUUGAGUAAAAUUUACGAACAAUAGAUGGAUGGAUUAAUUCAAUCUCCAAACCUCAACGCUGUUUGUGGAACAACGCCCGCCAUUAAGGAAGACCCCGAUAGCCGGCAUCCUCUCGUCGUCAACCCUUUUCAUUCGCUCGUCCGUGAAUACGCACGCAGAGGGAGAGAAGAAGGGCUGUCGAAGAGGUGCGACUGCGGCUAUUGGGAGGUGGAGUGAGAGAUAUGGAAAUCCAGGAAGGAAACGGCGUCGUUUCUGGAUCGGGGUCUCACGGGAAGGUUCUUUCCAGUGACGUCACCGUUGAAAUUCCGGAGACUGCCCAUCAGAUUAGUCAUGAUUCGUGGUUUCAAGUGGCAUUUGUUCUCACAACUGGGAUCAAUAGUGCCUAUGUGCUGGGGUAUUCUGGUACUAUCAUGGUUCCAUUGGGUUGGAUUGGUGGUGUGGUGGGACUAAUUCUAGCGACUAUGAUAUCCUUAUAUGCAAAUUCUCUAGUUGCUAAGCUUCAUGAAUUUGGAGGAAAGAGGCAUAUCAGAUACAGGGACCUUGCUGGAUUCAUAUAUGGUGAAAAAGCUUAUUAUCUUACAUGGGCCCUCCAGUACGCUAACCUUUUUAUGAUCAAUGUUGGGUAUAUUAUUUUAGCUGGAAGUGCACUUAAGGCUACCUAUGUCCUUUUCAGAGAUGAUGAUAUCAUGAAGCUUCCUUACUUUAUAGCCAUCGCUGGCUUAGCUUGUGGUCUAUUUGCCAUUGCCACACCGCAUUUGUCUGCACUUGGUGUUUGGUUGGGAUUUUCAACAUUAUGUAGUCUGAUGUACAUUGUUGUGGGAUUUGCUCUGGCUCUCAAAGAUGGUAUUGAAGCUCCUCCAAGAGAUUACACCAUUCAAGGAACGUCGGGAAGCAAGAUUUUUACGACUAUUGGAGCAGCAGCUAAUCUUGUUUUUGCCUUCAAUACCGGAAUGCUUCCGGAAAUACAAGCGACAGUUAGACAACCAGUUGUUAAGAACAUGAUGAAGGCUCUGUACUUCCAGUUCACUGUCGGAGUUUUGCCUAUGUAUGCUGUUACAUUUGUUGGAUACUGGGCUUAUGGAUCGAGCACAUCGGCCUACCUUCUCAAUAAUGUUAAUGGCCCAGUUUGGUUGAAGACGCUGGCUAAUGUUUCAGCUUUCUUGCAGACAGUUGUAGCUCUGCAUAUCUUUGCAAGCCCUAUGUACGAGUACCUUGACACCAAAUAUGGAAUUAAAGGAAGCAGUUUAACCAUACGCAACCUGUCCUUCCGGCUGGCUGUGAGAGGGGGCUAUUUAGCCCUGACAACGUUUGUGUCAGCCCUUUUGCCGUUUUUGGGUGAUUUCAUGAGCCUAACGGGUGCAGUCAGCACAUUCCCUCUCACAUUCAUCCUUGCCAACCACAUGUACCUUGUGGCCAAGAACCACAACCUCACUCCCUUCAAUAAGAGUUGGCAUUGGAUUAACGUUGUUUUAUUCAGCUGCCUUUCACUCGCGGCCGUGGUUGCUGCCUUCAGGUUGAUUGUCGUCGAUUCCAGUAAUUAUCACCUUUUCGCCAACUUAUGAUUCCUUUUCUUCUUUUUUUUUUUUUU